UUCUGAUCGGCGGUUGCUCACACCUUAAGGGUUACAGACCUAAUGGAAAAGGAGGAAAAAAAGAAUGAGCUUGUGGAGAUUAAAGGGGUUAUCAGUAUAUACUUUUUCAUAAAUCAUCCAAGAAACUGAUCCUGCAUUGCCUUUGGGCUGUUAACAACACUAUAAUAUCUCAGCUGGAUUUAAGCUCUGGAAUGUAGCCUUACAGCCGUGCUUGUUCUGGUUACUUUGGUAUCUACAUUUGGAUCAUCCUUCCAGUAUGGAUAUAAUGUGGCUUCUGUAAACUCUCCUUCUCCUAUUUAUUCCAGAUGGGGAGGAAAAUUCACUGGGGGCCCCCUCUUGUCCCCCCUUCUGGAUGCCCAUGCUAGUUUAUGAAAGAUUUUUACAAUGAAACCAUCAUUUACCGUUCUGGCUCAUCUAUAAGCAAUAGCUUCCUGUCAUUGCUUUGGUCUCUUACUGUGUCUUUGUACCCAUUGGGCGGUCUCAUUGGGUCACUAAUGGUGGGUCCUCUGGUGAAUAAAAUUGGCAGGAAGGGUACCUUGUUAUUUAAUAAUAUAUUCUCCAUCAUCCCUGCUAUUUUAAUGGGAACCAGUGUACUGUCCAAGAGCUUUGAAGUGAUCAUUGCUUCAAGAUUGGUGAUAGGGAUCUGUGCAGGUCUUUCCUCUAAUGUUGUCCCUAUGUACCUGGGGGAAAUGUCUCCUAAAAAUCUACGAGGUGGUAUUGGGGUGAUGCCCCAGUUGAUGAUCACAAUCGGUAUCCUAAUGGCACAGAUCUUUGGAAUCAGAUUUAUCCUGGGGAACACAGAAGGUUGGCCAAUAUUAUUAGGGAUCACGGGAAUUCCUGCAGUGUUUGAGCUGCUCUCUCUGCCUUUCUUUCCAGAGAGUCCAAGAUACACUCUUCUACAUAAGGGCAAAGAAGGAAAAGCCAAGAAAGCUCUUCAGCGUUUGAGAGCGUGUGAAGAUGUAGAUGAUGAGAUUGAGGAGAUGUAUCUGGAGGACCAGUCUGAGAAGUCAGAAGGACAAUUAUCUGUCAAAAACUUAUGUUCAUUUCGUCCUCUACGCUGGCAAUUAAUUUGUAUUAUUGCUUUGAAUAUGGGACAACAACUCUCAGGAAUAAAUGCGGUUUAUUACUAUGCAGACAGCAUAUACCUUUCAGCUGGGGUGGAAGCGAACACUGUCCAGUAUGUAACUGUGGCAACAGGAGCAGUCAAUGUUGUGAUGACUUUAGCUGCGGUGUUUAUUGUAGAUUCAUGGGGAAGAAGGAUAUUACUGUUGGUUGGCUUUGGGACUUGUUGCAUCUCUUGUGUUGUUCUAACCAUUGCUCUAAUUUUUCAGGAAACUGUUUCUUGGAUGCCAUACCUUAGCAUUGCCUGUAUCAUUACUUAUGUGAUUGGACACGCCAUUGGACCCAGUCCCAUUCCCUAUGUUAUCACAACUGAAAUGUUUCGACAAGCAUCCCGUCCAUCAGCUUUUAUGGUUGCUGGUAGUGUACAUUGGCUAUCAAAUUUUAUUGUUGGACUCAUCUUUGAGUUCCUUAUGCAAGGACUGGGAUCGUACUGCUUCAUCCUUUUUGCAUGCAUCUGCCUAGCUACAUUUAUUUUCAUUUAUAUUGUUGUUCCGGAAACCAAAGGCAAAACUUUCCUUGAAGUUAGCCAACUGAUGGCCAAAAGAAAUGGAAUAGAGGAGAGACCAGAAUUUCAGGACCUAAACACAACUUUACAUGAAACACCCUUAGAAAAAAAUGAUUGCAUCAAUUUAAAACAACUAUAACUGUAAUUGCAUCCAUGAUGCAGAAACAAAUAUAACCUUUCUAAGCCUUUGAUAUAUGCUAAAAAAAUGAUUAUUCUUUAAGUUAACAUAAUUAAUAUAUCAGAAAUGUGUUCUGCUUCAAAUUGUUUAUUUAGCUGUUAAAUUUCUUUUUUUAUCAGAUUAAAAGGGACAUGAAACACAAAAAUGUUCUUUUUAAUAAAAGGAAACCUGAACUGCAUUGUCUGUUUUUGAAUUGUUUAGGGAGCAAGCCAUUUUGUACUUUUUAUUAAAGAAUGAAUAGGCUGCUUAACUAGAA